UGCUGUCAAUAUGUUAGAAGACCAUAACAAAACAAGUCUCCCAAUUAUUAUAUUAAAAAAUUAAACAGAGUGUAUGCCUUUUUAUUAUUUAAUUGUUUACAAUGGGCGUCGAUAUUGAAGUUCUCAGUCCUGGAAACGGAUCUACAUAUCCCAAGCCGGGUCAAACAGUAGUGGUCCAUUACACGGGCACCUUAGCUGAUGGAAAGCAGUUCGACUGUUCUAGAGAACGUGGGCAACCUUUUAAGUUUACGCUCGGCAAAGGAGACGUAAUCAAGGGAUGGGACAGAGGUAUACCAAAGAUGUCAGUAGGUGAGAGGGCCCGAUUAAUCUGCUCGUCUGACUAUGGUUAUGGUUCUAGGGGCCACCCGGGGGUCAUCCCACCAAAUGCCACUUUAGUGUUCGAUGUUGAACUGCUUCAUGUUGAAUAGUAACCUGAAACAACUCAUAUGGUUAUAAAGUUAAGCCAAGUAUUUGUUGGAUAGUCUUCAUAACAGUUUCAAACAACUGAAGAAAAUCUAUUAUUGGAUAUUUUAAGUUUUAUACUAUUGAAAAGAAUCUCUUACGCUGCAUAAUAAUAUUCUAACAGUAUUAGGGGUGAAUGAUGAUGAACAAACUUUUAUUUUUAAAUACAUGUAUAUUGUUUUAUAGCAACUUAACUGGUCCAGGGACUUAAUUAUUUCAUAUCAAAAGUAUUAAAGUGAAUUAUGUUGAUCUUAUAUUUUAUAUUAUUUAUGUUAAUGUUAUACUUGCACAAUUUUAGUGACUUAAUUCAUGGUUGUUUGCAUUUACUUGAUACUAUGUACCUUUGGCUAUUGUUUUACUUAGAAAUAUAAUUUAAUGAUGUAUAGAAUAAUGGUACCAAUAAUGUAUGAAACGUACAUAUUCUCAAUAUUCUCAUACGAAAAUACUCAUAAUAUAAUUUAAAUCACCACAAAUAAAUAAAAACGUUGUAUUACAUUAAACAUCGAACAUUAUUCAUCUUUCCCUUGUUGUCAAUUGGUACCUUAGGUUUUUGUAAGGGGCCUCAUACUAUCUCUAUACGAAAUUUUAUCUCAAUCUGUUUAGCGGUUUAAGCAUGAAAAGGUAACAGACAAACAGACUUACUUUAUCAUUGAUAAUAUACUUACUUAGUUGGGUCAUAAGUUCUGUCACAAAGGAUUUGACUGAUAAAAUGUAAUAUAAAGCUUUUAAUAAUUAAAACCGGCCAACAGCAUGUCGGGCCACGCUCAGUGUAGGGUUCCGUAGUUACUCUUCCGUCACAAUAAGCUAAACUGGAGCUUAAAGUAUAGUAAAUUGUUAACCAAGGGAUGAAACGGUACCUUUCACGCGAGUUAAACAAAUAGGCAAAUUUGCAUAAUCAGUACCUAAUUAAAGUAAGUCUUUUUACUUUUUGCGAUAACUCAAAAACAGCUAAACUGAUCAUGUCCGCUAUAGUUUUCAUUUAAUAUCUUUCUUAAGCUCUACUUCCACGAUUUUUUUCAUAUUUUUUGGACCUAUGGUACAAAAUUAGAGGGGGAGGGGACACAUUCUUUUUCUUUCGGAGCGAUUAUCUCCGAAUAUAUUCACUUUAUCAAAAAAUGUUUGUUGAAGACCCCUAUUAGUUUUGAAAGACCUUUCCAACGAUACCCCACACUGUAGGGUUGAACCAAAAAAAAUUUACCCCCACUUUACGUGUAGGGGAGGUACCCUCAAAAAAAUUAAAUUUUUAGAUUUAAUUGUACGACUUUGUCGACUUUAUUGAUUUAUAUAUCCAUGCCGAAUUUCAGCUUUCUAGCACUAACGACCACGGAGCAAAUAGCCUCGGACAGACAGACAGACGGACAUGGCGAAACUAUAAGGGUUCCUAGUUGACUACGGAACCCUAAAAAAGUUUGCCAUGAAUUGUAAGCUUGUUUUAUACUGAUAAAAACGUAAUAUAAUUAGUUUAAAAUUUAGAUCGCGUCUUAAUUUACUACUUGUUUACUUUGGGAUUGACGUUAGACGCAAAUACGGGCUGGAUUGUGAAAUAUUAUACUUUUCCAAAGGGAAUAAAAAUCAUUGUCACAUUAAUUAACAAAAUAUGGAUUGUGUCGUCCGAAAUAAAUGAUUUUUAUUUUA